GAGAAAGGAGCUGAGGAAAGUAGAAACUGGGAGUUUUGAGGAGGAAAUGUGCCUCAAGAAGAGGAGUGGAAGGGCAAAUACCUCUGAGAUGAAUACUAAGAAAGGCUGAGAGGGAGGAGUAAGUGAGGCUCCAGUCAAGAUGCCUUCUGGGAAUUGUAUGUCUAGUCCAGACCCCCUUGGCCAAGCAGAUUGUCUGCAUCUAUUGGGACCUGCUUGGAAUCUGUUCUUCACUUAAACCUCUACCAGUAAUCAACUGCUACAGAAGGCGAGGAAGGAAAAAGUGGCCUCUUUAUUCUGUGUUGUGAUAGCUCCAGGGGACAGAGGAAGGGAAUCAGGGAAAAUAAAGAAAGUGAUAGCAAGUGACAUCAUCCCCUCCUCUACUGCAGUCUCCUUCAGUUUGCUAUGCCAUCGGUAGAAGACCCUAAAGAAUUCUCAAGAGGCAAUGUCAGGCUUCCCUUACAUGAAGUGGAGCAGCAGAACUGGAGUAGAAGUGCAGAAGCACAGACAGAAUCACAUUUCCACUGGAAAGAGGAUGCCAUCAGCCUGAGGAGAGUGUCAGCGACAGACCCGCCAUGUCCCUAUUGCAACCAUGUCUCAAAGUAUGAAAAGCUGGCCAAAAUCGGGCAAGGCACCUUCGGGGAGGUGUUUAAAGCAAAGCAUCGCCAGACAGGCAAAAAUGUGGCAUUAAAGAGAGUGUUAAUGGAGAAUGAGAAAGAAGGAUUCCCUAUCACAGCCCUCAGGGAGAUCAAAAUUCUCCAGCUCGUCAAGCAUGAAAAUGUGGUGAACCUCAUUGAAAUCUGCAGGACCAAAGGAUCUCCAUACAACCAUGGCAAGGGCAGCAUCUACCUGGUGUUUGAUUUCUGUGAGCAUGACCUGGCUGGCCUCCUCAGCAAUGCACAUGUCAAGUUCACACACUCUGAGAUCAAGAAAGUGAUGCAGAUGCUCUUGAACAGCCUCUACUACAUUCACAGGAAUAAGAUCUUGCACCGAGACAUGAAAGCCGCAAAUGUGCUUAUCACCCGGGAUGGGGUUCUGAAACUGGCUGAUUUUGGCUUGGCACGGGCCUUCAGCCUGGCAAAGAGCACCCAGCCCAACCACUACACCAACCGGGUGGUGACUCUGUGGUAUCGGCCUCCAGAGCUCCUUCUGGGAGAACGAGAGUAUGGACCACCCAUUGACCUUUGGGGAGCAGGUUGUAUUAUGGCCGAAAUGUGGACGCGCAACCCCAUCAUGCAGGGGAACACAGAACAGCACCAACUAACCCUCAUCAGCCACCUCUGUGGAUCCAUCACCCCAGAGGUCUGGCCAAACUUGGACAAAUAUGAACUGUACCAGAAGCUAGAUCUGCCCAAAGGCCAAAAGCGGAUGGUGAAGGAGUGGCUAAAAGCUUAUGUCAAAGAUCCGCAUGCUCUGGAUCUCACAGACAAGCUGCUGACCUUGGAUCCUGCCCAGCGGAUAGACAGCAACAAUGCCCUGGAUCACAACUUCUUUUGGUCUGACCCAAUGCCCUCUGACCUCAAGAACAUGCUCUCCACUCAUCACAAAUCCAUGUUUGAGUACCUGGCUCCACCCAGGAGAAGGGGCGGGCACGUGCCACAGCAGCCAGCCAACCAGGAUCGGAAUCCUGAUGUAACCAAUCAGACAGAGUAUGACAGAGUGUUCUGAUUUCUACUGGCUGGAAAGCAAAAAGAGGCAGUCCACAUGUUAUGGAGAGCUCUGUGACUUCUUUUUAUCUAAUGGAGCAUCCCAACAGUUCUGUUUUUGUCUUUUGCAUACUUGCAGAGACAUUUUUGAAAGAUGCAGGGUUAGCUAAAUUGGUUUGAAACCAUAUAAAAGCAGAGUUGUGCAUAGAAUUCUGCCAAACCUUGAGCAAAAGUAGAGUAAUAAUUGUGGCUUUUCUGAGUAUCUUGCUUUCCAAGGUCCUGAAAUGUUCUAUUUUUUUCCAGAGCAAAGUGCUGUUCAGCUCUCAGCCAUUUUUUAUUUCUGUUUUACAUUUAACAUUACACCAUUCAGCCCAAGAAAGUUUCUUCAUUAAAAUGUUAAAGCAAUGCUACAAGAAAUUUGAUUCUA